GAUCCCGGGCGAGCCCAGGGCGCUGGCUGCUCCCGCCACCCGCAGCCGGCCGGGCUGGGCCUUGCGCACCCGCGCGCACGAGCUCUUCUCUCCUCUCUCCCAGCCCCUGCCGGUCGCCGCCAUCCGAGUUGCCCCAGAGACCGAGACUCCGCCGUCCCGAAGGACCAAUGAGAGCCUCGCUGCCGCCGCGGGCGCCCGUGGUGCUGUGGCUCCUGAUCCUCGGCUCAGGCCAUCGUGCUGCUGGACUGGACCUCAAUGACACCUCCUCUGGGAAAGGGGAGCUAUUUUCUGGGGACCACAGAACUAGUGGACUUGAGACUUCCUCAAGAAGUGAGAUGUCCUCAGGAAGGGACAUUUCUCCUGUAAGUGAAAUGCCUUCCAGUAGUGAACUGUCCUCAGGAACUGACUAUGACUAUUCAGACGAGUAUGAUAAUGAGCCACGGAUAGCUGGCUAUAUUGUGGAUGAAUCAGUCAGAGUUGAGCAGGUAGUUAAACCCAAGAAAAACAAGACAGAAAGUGAAAGGACUUCAGAUAAACCCAAAAGAAAGAAAAAGGGAGGCAAAAAUGGAAAAAAUAGAAGAAACAAAAAGAAGAAAAAUCCAUGUGAUGCAGAAUUUCAAAAUUUCUGCAUUCAUGGAGAAUGCAAAUAUAUAGAGAACCUGGAGGCAGUAACAUGCACAUGCCAUCAGGAUUACUUUGGUGAACGGUGUGGAGAAAAGUCCAUGAAGACUCAGAGCAUGGUCGACAUUGAUUUAUCAAAGAUUGCAUUAGCAGCCAUAGCUGCCUUUGUCUUUGCUGUGAGCUUCACAGCCAUCGCCAUUGUUAUUACAGUCCACCUUCGAAAACGAUGCUUCAGGGAGUAUGAAGGAGAAGCAGAGGAACGAAAGAAACUUCGACAGGAACAUGCAAAUACACAUGCUACUGCAUAACUGAAGGUAAUACAGGAUAUCAGGUCGAGGUCACUGCCAAGUCACAACUAUAAAUCAUGUGUUGGUCUUCCUUUCAUUGAAGAAAAUGGAACCUGUCUCUUCUGAGGGUUUUAAACUUUUAAUUGUCACUUUUUAUGCUAAGUCUUAUUUCUGUACAUAAAGAGAUGCAUGGAGAUAAAAAGUAUUUUUUCAAGUUGUAAAUAAUUUAUUUAAUAUUUAA